AUGGUGGACCUGAUGAAAACGGACGCGUCACUUGGUGUUGAUUCCGCCUGCGAAUCAACGGUGACCAGCGUGAUAACUCCUCCUUCUGAAUACGGAUAUCACUAUGCUGUCUACAUGCGACAUGAAAUACCUGAAGCAACUGGUCACGUGGUUGCCACUGACCCAUUGGUGACCAAUGCGGUUGAGCAAUACAUGGUCAUAGUCAGAAACGGCCAGUUCUACACCUCGGCGAAUGGAGAAGACGCAUCCAACGAUGAUAUUGACACUCCGGUUAUGCUAGUUGUCUAUGGCGCACGUGGCUUACAGCCAAGCUCCGCCCCCACUAAAUAG